CUCGCCACAUCGUCCUUUUGCUCGUCGACAUGUCUGAAGCAGGUCAAAGCGGCUGGAACGUACUUGAAUCGCUUAUCCUGGCGCAAGCUGUUUAUAAAUAUGGCGAUGAUAGUUGGUCUCAAAUCGCAAAAGUUUUGCGAGGGCAUCCGGCGAUCUCGCGUCCCAUGGAGUUCUUCUCGCCCAAGAACUGUGAAAAACAAUACCAGUCUCUGUUGGCAGAUGUACUAGGGGAGGAGCAAUUUGCCUACGGAGCUGGCGGGCAAGAUAUGCCGCCGGUUGCAAAACUUGCUCGAAAGCUGCAUAUUCAGCGCAUCGAUGAAAUCAAGGUCUUGCUGAAAGAGGAUGAAAACGAGUUCAGAGAACUUGUGCAAGAGAUUGAAGAGAUUAAGAAUGGCAGAUGGGACGACAGGCUUCGCGCUGAAUUGAAAGAACAGCAGCAGCAGGCUGACGCGCAGCAGACAGAGAAUCCACCCGAUGGAGCUGCUCCCAUGGAACAGACGGAAGAAGAAUCCGCUGCAGAUACGCUAACCGGCGAAGAGACACCGAUACCCGAGUCGACCCCUAUGGACGUCGAUACUACAGAAACGGCACCCCCACCACCUACCACCGAGGCUCCCGAAACCACGGCCGUCAAACCAACUUCGGCUGAGUCAUUGAAGGCAGAGGAAAUUGAAGUCAAAGAGAGUGGAGAUCGAACGAGUCCGAUUGUAACUCCCCAGGAGGAAGAAGAAGAAAGCCCGGCACCGAGCAUAGAUACCAUGGAGGUGGAGGAAGUGGAAGAAGUUAAAGAAGGGGAGGACGAGGAGGACGUGGAAAACGUGGAAGCCGUGGAAGAAGUCGAGGAGCCCGAGAUAGAGGAAUUCCAUGAUGCACCUGCGACGGCUGACACGGAUGAGAUGGCAGUCGAACCAAAGACUGAGCUGGAAGAGUCCACUAUCAACACACGACGAAGGAGGUCACCGACACGUAGCGUUAGCCCUGUAAAGACUAGUGGCAUUGUCACGCGGAAAGGGCCACUUCAGACACCAAGGGUGAAAAUGCCUAGCGUAGAGCCUGAGAGUAUGGAUGCUGACUCUGGAGCCGAAACUUCCGACGGUGGAGGUGAACGAAGGAGACAUAUGAAAGGCGAUCAGGCUCUUCAAACAUGGAAGAAAACUGUUAAUUUCAUACUGGCAAAAAUUGGGGAUCAUCGUUACGGGAACGUUUUCUCGGCGCCGGUAAAGGAGGAGGGAUAUACGGGGGUGGUAAAGCAGCCCAUGAGUCUGGACGUCGUGCGGGCACGCGUUCGAAAAGGGAUAACUACGACGACUGCCGAGUUUCAUCGGGACUUGCUAUUAAUGUUUACAAAUGCGAUCAUGUACAACAACGAGGAUUCGGAGGUAUAUGCGAUGGCGCUAGAAAUGAAAAACUUUGUCGAUGCAGAGGUGCAACAUUUGACAAAGUAUGGGGCUGACCCAGGACGUGAGAGGAGCGUGGAUCCCGAUAUCCGAGCGAAAACAGAGGAGCCUACGACUCCAGUAGAAGCAUCUUCAUCAUCCAAUAUACCAUAGUACAGAGCAACUGCCUUCAUACUGGAUGCGUCAGCACAAGGGGGCAUGUAGCGGAAAUUUUGAAGCCGAGGAGCCGAGGCAUAAGAUAAAGCGGCCCUUUAAUAUAAAACACGGCAAAAGACGAUUCUGAUGUAAAAGCAAUUUAUCACGAAAAAGAAAGACUAUACACGCUAUCUCCUAGGGGGACUAUAGCAAAUUGGU